AUGCAACCCCCGCACGGCGCCGAUCCCGAGGACUACUACGUCAAGCAGGAUCGUGUCGGAAAAGGCUCGUUUGGUGAAGUGUACAAAGGCUUCGACAAACGAUCCAGGCAACCCGUCGCAAUCAAGAUCAUCGACCUCGAGAAUGCCGAGGACGAGAUCGACGACAUCCAGCAAGAAAUCGCCAUCUUGAGCCAACUCGACAGCGCUCAUGUCACCAAGUACCAUGGCUCUUGGCUCAAGGGCACCAACCUGUGGAUCGUGAUGGAGUACUGCUCCGGAGGUAGUUGCUCCGACCUGAUGAAACCCGGCAGAUUCCGCGAAGACUACAUUGCCAUCGUAGUGCGCGAGCUGCUCAAGGGUCUCGAGUACCUGCACGGUGAAGGCAAGCUGCACCGCGACAUCAAGGCUGCCAACAUCCUUCUGUCCGCCACAGGUGACGUCAAACUCGCCGAUUUCGGUGUCUCUGGUCAACUCACAGCCACCAUGACCAAGAAAAACACUUUUGUCGGCACGCCUUACUGGAUGAGCCCCGAGGUGAUCAAACAGAGCGGGUACGAUUUCAAGGCCGACAUUUGGAGUUUGGGCAUCACCGCCAUCGAGCUUGCCAUGGGCGAGCCGCCCUACGCUGACCUUCAUCCGAUGAAGGUCCUCUUCCUCAUUCCCAAGAACCCCCCGCCUCAACUCGAAGGUCCCUUUUCUAGACCUUUUAAAGAGUUUGUCAACCUCUGCCUCCAACGUGACCCGGCCAACCGUCCGUCGGCCAAAGAGCUUCUCAAACACCCUUUCAUCCGCAAAGCCAAGAGGACCACCUACCUCACCGAACUCAUCGAGAGGCUCGAGCGCUGGAGGGCCGAGGGUGGCGAUCGUCACGAAUCCGAGGAGAGCGAGGAAGCAGACGACGACUUCCAGGAGGAUGGCGACGACAUGUGGGAUUUCGGCACGGUUCGCAACACCAUGCGUCGUGGUGGACGUGGAACAGUGGCCAUGCGCAUGCCCGCAAGUGCAAUGACUGCUGCUGCCGCCGCCGCCGCUAUCAACGGAGACGAAGAUGCGCUUUCUGGUAGAUAUCAGAGCAAGGAAUUGCCUCGGGUACCACAUCAACAGCCACCCCGAUCGCCACAGCCGCAGUCUCGUUCACCCACCUAUGAACAGCGACCCUCACACGCUCAACUUCCACACUCCCCACGCCAUGCGGUGUCAUCACCACGGUUGCAACAAGAGCAAGAGCAUCAACUACAACAUCAACAACAGCAGCAACAACAGAAGUGGUACCAACAGCAACAGCCACAACAACAACAACAACAACAACAACAACAACAGCAGCAGCAGCAGCAACUUGACCGCAGAUUCGGCUCCUCCGGUUCGGCAGGAUCUGGGUCGGGAUCUGUAGGUGGCACCGUGCGUCUCGCAGCAGCGCCGUCGCGACCAGGCAUCCCCAAUGGUGCAACUAGCGAUGCGAUCCUGCGCCAGCCAAGCUUUUCUGCAGCCGAUGCGUACGAUAAGGCCAUCUCUGGCAAUUCCAACUCGCACCACCACGCCUCUCCUAACGGCCAUGGACCAGCAUCCGACCCCUACUAUGCGGACAAUCAUCGCGGUGCGUAUCCUGACCGCGUGGAGGAAGAGCGAAGGAGGAUGGAAGAGCUUCACCUCCGUCAACAGGGCGGUACGCCAUCCAGCCCAGUCGCGCGCGGAGCUGAGGACCGUCACAAGGGUUCCCCCGAUCCAACGCAUCAGAAUCAGCAGCAGCAGCAGCAGCAGCAACCACAAAAACAAGCACAACCACAACAAGCACAACAACAGCAGCAGCAGCAGCAGCAGCAGCAGCAGGCUGCACGUCUCACUGCCCUUGAUACCGUCUUCCUGCCCGUCAUUGAGCAGCUUAACUUGGCAGUGGCAUCUCGACGAGACGCUGUGCGCACGUUGGCCAACUUGCGUGCAUGUUUAGAAGAAGCCGAGAUGGUCACGCCAGGCAUCAUGAACGCGUUUGCCGUCGAGCUCUUCCACACUAUGGCUGAGGUGGAAGGUGAUCGAGAGCCAGAGGAGGACCACUGGGAUUCUUGA